GUUACAGACGUAGCCAUGGAUCCAACAUCCCGUCAAUCGGCCAUCGCAACAGAUAACUGUGACGACGAGAAUAGACCACCAACUGUCUUCGACGUGGAUUACUUUGGCACCGUGACGUCUCUGAUUCAGCAGGAGACGGACGAGGAUCUAUUACGCCUAGCCAUGAAGAAGGAUCCUCCACUCAACCUCAUGGAGGACCCUGUGCUCAACGUCGUCAUCGCAUGCAAGAAAACCGACCUCGCCAAACGGCUGAUUCAAAGCAUGCCCGCGGAGAAGCCCGGACCGCUGUGGUACGCUAAUUACCACGACAACACGGCUCUCCAUGUCGCGGCCACCGUGGGUGACCUCGACGUGGCCGAGGCGUUGCUCCGCAAGAACUCAGGUCUCGUCAGUGCACGGAACAAGAAGCAGGAGACACCGCUGCACAAAGCGGCGCUGUACGGGCAAGAGACGAUGUUCUGGUACCUGGCGGAAAUGGGGCCGCACGGCCCGGACGAGCGGAGGGAGGACGGCGCCACCGUGCUGCCCUGUGCCAUCAUGGGUAGCGCGCCGGCUUUAGCACUGAAGAUUGCAAAGAAAUAUCCACAGCUGAUCAUGUCGAGGAAUGAUGCUGCGGUGACUCCGCUGCAGUUGAUGGUGACCAUUCCGGGGUUAUUCCGAAGCCAAACGAAUCUUGGGACCUUCGAGGCCGUAAUUUAUAAGCGUGAGUGCAAGCGGAUCGAUACAUCCGUCGUAAUGUAAUUUCGAGGAUUUACUUCACCAUAAAACAAUCACAGCAUGAAGUUAUGGUAACUAAGGCUUGCUACAUCAAAUAAAAGCACACCAAUAUGCAUGCUAGCUCUUGAAACUUCACGGCUGUAUACUUUGAUUGGAAUGUUACAGUGAUUCCAUACGAAGAGGACUCCAGCAAGCCACGUGUAGUAGAUGAAGAGCAACCUACGGACUCGAGCGCUGGUGAAGUAUGUGCUUCCGGAUGAAUCAUUUUAUUUUGCUUGAUGGCAUGGAUAUAGUUCAUGAGGUCGAUAGCAUCAUUUCUAGUACUUGUCAAUAAUAUUUAUUACAAAAUCUAAGAGAAGUUUUUUCCUCAAACUAGACAAUACAAAGUUUGAUCUACCAUGUGUUAGAAAUUUUUGUAAUACGAGUCGGAGUCAUUCUGGUUAGGGUUAACGAAUUACCCUUUUAGGAUAUUUCUAUUCAUCUCACAUAUGAAUAUGGGUUUUUAAAGUCUUUCACAUAUUCAUAAAGGUUUAAACUUAAUAUAUGUAACUCAAUUCUUUCAAUCAUGAAUGAACUAUCCUUUUUAAGUCUUUCUCUUCUUUGAAGGGUUCAAACUUCCAGUUCAUAUAUUUUUUAACUUUACGAUACGGUUCACACAUCGACAUCUACCCAGUGGUAUGACUCAUCUACAUUCAGUGGCUGGAAUAUUAUAUAAUUUUUUUUAUAAAUCAUGAGUUUGAGUCAUAUUCUAGUUAGGGUUAAUGUAUAUUGGUCAUACGUCAUACAUCAAUUCAAUCUAGAAACUUAAAAUUUUUAUAUUAUCGAUCAAAUUUAGUAUAUGUAAUUAGACUCUUUCAAUUAUUAGUAAUAUGAGACUAUCCUCUUAGCAUAUUUCUUUUCAUCUCAUAUAUGAUUUGUCCUUGCUCGAAGAUUAUUUCCUUCUAUUGUUUCUGACGUUGGCGUCUACAUGUACGUAAUAAGGGAGGUGCAAAAUAUGUCAAGCGAAAAGUUGUGUCUCUUCUGUCCCCCAAAACGUUUAUUUCGAAAUUCCCAUCUCACUACAGCAGUCUCUUUGACCUGUUGGAAUUGAUGUUCAUCCCAGCCAGAUGGGUUCAUUUGUUGCUUUUCCGCAUUCUAAAGCAAUUGUUCCCUAUGAUCGAACGUCUGGAGAAGCAAAAGGAAACCCACAAGGAAACCUUGGAACUGAUCGAGUUCUUAGCCUAUCAUCCAGAGCACAUGGAGUUCUAUUCCAAGGGAAGACAAAAAGGCAAGGAGGAAAGUCUUCUUGUUGGAGACAUCACCAGUUCUGCAACAGGACAGUCUCCUCCGUCCACGGACGCUGGUGAAGGCCAAGGAGUAAAUGGAGGAGGGAACCGAGAUCAAGACUUUGAUAGGUUUGCGGAAAAGCUAUUUAUGUAUAUGUCGCACAUGGAUGCCAAUCACGAAGCAGCAGCAAAAGAGCUCAAGAAGAGCAUGAAGGAGUCGAUGGAGGAAGUGUCCGGUGAAUCCACAAUUAGAAGAUGUGACGAGCCGCCCCUGAUCUUGGGUGCACAAAUGGGUCUUCCUGAGUUCGUCAGGUCGAUCUUGCUAGUAUGUCCGCAGGCAGCAGCAUACCUGGACACCAAGGGGAGAAGCGUUCUCCUGGUGGCUAUAGAGAACGGUAACCUAGAGAUCGUGGAAACUAUACGUGAGAUGACGCAGGGGAACUGCCCCAUCCUACCAUCCUGCAUUUUGCUUCCACCAAAGGCCCUGGUGAUGACCAAGCUGCAGUACAGAUACAAGAUGAACUGAUACGGUUUGAGGUCGAGUUGCUAGCUAAUACCUACGUUAAUUUUCCUUUUUGGUUCAGCAAAUUAAUUAGCACUCGCAUGAUGUGCUAAUAGCUACCGAAACGAUGCAGAAAAGACAGCACAAGAGAUGUUUAGUGAGAGUCACAAAGAGAUGGCUAAGGCGUGCAAGGAACAACUGGUGGGGAUGGGCCAGACAUGCUCAGGGCUUCUGGCCGCCGUGGUGUUCGCGUCGACCUUAUCCAUCCCCGGCGAGAAGGAUCCGGCAACCGGAAACCCGGUCUAUUUCGACAGGCUACCU